AUGGGGAAGAGGAAGUCGAGGAAGGCACCGCCGUCCAAGAAGGUGGCGCAGAAGGUCGCCACGGCCUUCGACUGCCCCUUCUGCGGCCACAGCGGCAGCGUCGAGUGCAGCAUCGACCUCAAGGACCGCGUCGCGAAGGCGGAGUGCGGUGUCUGCAUGGCGGUGUACGCCACCAUCGCCAACGCGCUCACGGAGCCCGUCGACGUCUACUCCGAGUGGAUCGACGAGUGCGAGAAAGCCAACGAAGGCGUCGACGCCGAGGAAAGCCGCCAACGAGGGCGUCGACGCCGACGCCGGCUGACGUGA